AUGGAAUCAAGCGACUCCGGCAAGUGGAAAGAAGCGUGUGACUCGGAGUUCGAUUCGCUUCAGAGAAACGACACGUGGGAAAUCGUGCCUCUUCCGAAAGGUCGCAAGGCCAUCGGGUGCCGAUGGGUUUUUCGUGUAAAGGAGAAUCAAGAUGGCGAAGUUGAACGUUUCAAGGCAAGACUUGUGGCCAAAGGAUUCUCACAGAAAUUCGGAGUUGACUAUGAAGAAACUUUCGCACCGGUGGCCAAGUUCACAUCGAUUCGUGUGGUGCUCAGUAUGGCCGCUGAGUACGGCCUAAUGCUACAUCAGAUGGACGUCAAUGUUGCAUUGUAG